CUUUUGUCAUACAAAUAUUUCUGGCAUGGGCUGCAUCGAACACUUCUUUCUCGUGCGAAAUACGCGAAAGCGCCAACUUUUCUUUAUAGGUUUGACUUCGAUUCACCAACUUUCAACCACGCCCGCAUUAUCUGUUGUGGAAAAAGGAGGAGAGGUGUUUCACAUGCAGACGACUUGUCAUAUUUAUUUUAUAAUGCAAUAGCGCAUGACCUCCGCCCAGGUUCGGCUGAGUAUAAAACUAUAAAAAGUUUGGUUGGAAUGUGGACCCAGUUCGCAGAAACUGGCGAUCCCAAUAUAGAGAGUGUGACAACAAAUGCCUGGCAACCGAUUAGGAAUGAUGAGACGUUUAAAUGUUUGAACAUUUCAUACAAAAUCAGCUUCAUUGAUUUGCCCGAAAGUAAGAGUUUGGAAGUUUGGGAUAGCCUCUAUGAAGAUGAUUUAAUUUAAAGAUAUUAUAAUAUAAUGAAUGUAACUGACUUUGAUACAAUAAAAGGAAGAGAAAAAGAA